CUAAAAUCACCCAGGCAGCUUCCAUGUAAAACCACAGUGGUGAAAGAGGAAAUGCCUCACUGCAAUUUCUUUUUACUAAGAACCAUGCGUUUGUUUUAUUGUGUAUGUGAAAGAAGCUUUAAAAGCUGACCUUUCGCCAUUAGUUAUCAGUGUAAGCUUGCUUUUUUCUCAAACGUUUUGUGUAUCAAUGAGUUCCGGGGGAUCUGUCUGUAUUUUGGGCCUGUGAGCCUUCCUAAUUUUACAGAAAAUUGAUAAAAUCUAUCUUCGGCUGAGAUAACGAAGCUGUACCAAGGGUUCCUCUUUGUUUUGGGCUCAGGACACCCACGUUGUAAAUACUUUAUAAAAGACUGAAACAUGGAUGUGGACAUCAACAAUGCCUUUGGGCAAGAUUCUCAACAGAGCAAACCUGUUGAAGAUAUGGAAGGAUUUCUUGGUGAAAGAAGAAAAAUAAUUCAGCCUGGCUCUCUGAAGGAUCCAAAACUUGAAGAUUUAAAAACGCGUCUGACUGACUGGAUCAACACCACUCUGAAGCCGGAGCACAUCGUGGUGCAGAGCCUGGAGGAGGACCUGUUCGAUGGUCUGGUGCUGCACCACCUCCUGGUCAGGCUAGCGGGGAUGAAGCUGGACGUGGAAGAGAUCGCUCUGACUGCGAUGGCGCAGAAACGAAAGCUGGGGGUCAUACUGGAGGCCAUAAAUAGGGUGCUGGGUCUGUCAAAGGAGGACUCGCAGAAGUGGAGCGUUAACCUCAUCCACAACAGAGAUUUACUAUCCACCCUGCAUCUCUUGGUUGCCAUCGUGAAGCAUUUCCAGCCAGAGAUGGCGCUGCCCUCCAAUGUGUGUUUAGAGGUUAUCAUCUUAGAGCUUGAAGAGCUCUUGCACGAUGUGAAUUGCAAUAUGUUUUACACUAAAUCUCUUUCAUCUCUCUCCUUUAUUAGCAGUGGAUCAUUGGAUGAGAAUUCACAGAAUCCCAUUGAUGAACUUCUGAAGCUGGAGCCACAGAAAGUGAACACUGUAAAGCAGGCUAUUUUGCAUUUUGUCAACAAGAACAUGGCACGUAUGGGAUUACAAGUGUCUGACAUAGAUACACAGUUUUCUGAUGGGGUCAUACUGCUAUUACUAAUCGGCCAACUGGAAGACUACUUUGUUCAUCUGAGUGAGUUCUACCUCACCCCUUCAACUAAUGAAGAAAUGGUACAUAAUGUCACCCUAGCUUUGGACCUGCUGAGUGACAGAGAACUCCAGCUGUACAAUGUUGCCCCUGAAGAUAUCGUCUCUCAGGAUCUGACGGCAACUCUGACAGUCCUGUACGCCCUGUUUAAGAAAUACAAAUACAGAUGAAGGGAAGGCAGAUGGAGGGGUACAGGCAGGCACAUUAAUAAAAGAUACCCAGUGGCUGACAGCCCUUGUCAUGCUGAAGUGGCAUUAUGACCAGAAUGUCAAGAAGCCUCAGGAGCCCUCAAGAAAAUCAGCAUCUACAACUGGCACUCUAAUAUCUAUCUUUAAACGCAAUUUUCUUUUCUACCUGAUGCUCCCUGAAGAGACAUAUUUUAUGUUAUUUUACCACAACAGAACCUGGCAUUGUUCCAUUAAAUCAGACUGUAAUGUAAUGCAUUCCAA